CCGCAAACCAGCAAAGAAGGCAAGAUGUUGGGCGCUCUUCGUUUACGCGGGGUACUUGGAGCUUUGCUCCUCGCUUCCCCUGCCCUGGCUCACGGCGACCAUUCGCAUGUUCCCGAAGGUGCUGCUAUCUCAGACGACCCUAUUGUAUGAUGCCCUGCCUAGCUAUGCUUAACUUUGCGCGGACUGACAAUGCGCCAAUGUUCUAGGACUCGACACUAUGGAUUCAUAUGAUUCUCAUGGGAGUGUCCUUUGGCAUAAUCUUUCCCUUGGGCAUGGUACUUGGGGUAUGUCUCUCGAAUCGUACCGUCUCCCUCCGAGCUCAGUCUGACUCUUUGUCCUUUCUCAACAUAGAUCAUUCGGUCACGAUGGCACGUUCCUGUCCAAGUUAUCGGAACCGCGAUCGCCGUUGUUGCAUACUUUCUUGGCCAUGCGCACAAGGGUCGCCAGUUCGCCAAAAACGUCCACGCCUCGUUCGCGAAUUGGCUCAUGUUCUUCUUGGCCGCACAGGUCAUUCUUGGGGUUUAUCUCAAGUUACAUAUCGAGAAGGGAAUUCUUGGGAAAUUCCGCAAAAUCCUCGUUCUUCUCCACGGCAUCCUAGGCAAGUUAAUGCCGAUUUUGAGCUGGGUGCAGAUGUUGUUUGGAGGGAUCACUUCGUUGGGUUUCUGCCGCGAUGACCAUCUCGGACAAUGCCUGGCUCACUUCAUUAUGGGCAGCGCCUUCAUCGCGUACGGUAUCCUGCUUACCAUCCUCCUACUCGUCGGUCAGUACUGGUUGCGCCGAACCGGCCGCAGUCAGGAGUUUUUCGAUUCCCUGGUCAUCGCGGCAUGGGGCUGUGUCAACACUUUCACGGAGCAUAGGUGGGGCGGGCCUUGGGUUCAUAAUGAUUUGCAGCACACCACUAUGGGCAUUGUCUGGUGGUGCGCUGGUCUGCUGGGUAUCUGGCUGAGCAGGAAGCGGAAUGGCCGACCCAAGAGGAAUCUUAUUCCGGCUAUUGUUAUCCUCCUUACAGGCUAUGCCAUGUCCGGUCAUCCACAACACUCGAUGAUCAGCACCAUGAUUCAUAAAAUCUUUGGAUACACGUUGAUGGCGGCUGGUUUGACCCGAAUCAUCGAGAUUUCUUUUGUGCUGAGGGACCGGAGCAGUGUAAGCGCGGAUGGGUCGGACCCUAACAGCUUCCAAUACUUAACGCCUUUCCUAUUGUACGCCUCUGGAUUCCUCUUCAUGGGUGCCACAGAAGAGCAGAUGAUGCUCCUUGAAAAUGCCGGCAUCACCCACGUAUCUUACGUACUCAUCCUCUACAGCAUCGCAUUCAUCCUCUUUCUAUUUGUAAACAUUCUACUCCAUAUCUACGCCGUGCACGCCUGGCCCGAGUCCGCAGACCCGGCAGCCCAUUCCCACUCCCGCAUAAGUACCGACAUCUCUGACCAGGGCCCCUCCGGCUCCAUCGCCCUGCCUAACGGGCCAGGUAGCAGCCGCUUCACGCACGUGAACGGCCACGCCCGCACGCCCUCCGAAGCACAGCGCAUCCAGGACGCUGAGACUUUUGAGCUCCAAGGUCUUAUCUCAGAUGAGGAGGAAGAUGAGGAUAAAGUUCCACCUUAUGAGGGAAGAAGACAUGGCCCUGGUCCAAGAAAAGCGGAAGAUGAAGAAAGCGCACCACUUUUCAGGAAGGACAGGGAGUAG